AUGGAUAGUGUAUUUAGUGAAGAGAUACUUGCAGAUAAGCUUUCCAAGCUCAAUGGCACGCAGCAGUGUAUUGAAACUUUGUCACAUUGGUGCAUAUUUCACCGAAGCAAAGCAGAAUUAGUUGUUGAGACAUGGGAUAAACAGUUCCGCAACUCAAAUCACCUCCAGAAAGUGCCUCUAUUGUAUCUUGCAAAUGACAUCCUACAGAACAGUAAGCGGAAAGGAAACGAAUUUGUUACUGAAUUUUGGAAAGUUCUUCCUGCAGCACUUAAAAUUGUAGUUGAGAAAGGUGAUGACCGUGGCAAGAAUGCGGUCUCUAGAUUGGUAAAUAUAUGGGAAGAAAGGAAGGUAUUUGGGUCACGUGCCCGGAGCCUCAAAGAGGUAAUUCUUGGAGAAGAUGCUCCUCCACCCUUGGAAUUCAGCAAAAAGCGUUCACGCUCCGUCAAAAUUGCAAAACGAGAUUCACGAUCCACUAGAACGAAAUCAUCUGUAGGAGGUGCUGCUGAAAAAAUAGUAUCGGCAUUUCAUUUGGUGGUCAGUGAGCAACCCAAUGAAGAGGCAGAGAUGAGUAAUUGCAAGUCUUCAGUUCGUCGUGUGAGGAAGAUGGAGAAAGAUGUUGAUAUUGCAUGUAGCAGUAAUAAUGAUAACGAUCCAAAACCAAAAACUUUGGCCAAGGAACUAGAGGAUGAAGAGAAUCUUUUGAAACAAAGCAUUGAGAAACUUAAAUCAAUUGAAGCAAGUAGAGUAGCGCUUGUGUCUCUGUUAAAAGAAGCUCUACAUGAACAGGAAUCUGAACUGGAGGGAGUUCGAACUCAGAUGCAGGUUGCAGAGGCACAAGUAGAGGAAGCCAGCAACAUGCGAAGGCGGCUUAAUGGUGAAGAAUAUGUAUCAAAAGUAUCUACUGCAACAACAGUACCAGUCGAUUCAAAUGCAAAAGCAGGACAAACACCCAAGAGGACAGCUGCAGAUAUUGCUGCUGAGGUUGCAGAAAAGCUUGCUGCAUCCUCCUCUUCUCAAAUGAUCAUGCACUCUGUUCUCUCUACAUUUGCAGCUGAAGAAGCAAAGAAUGCUCAAUUAACAAAGGCCUCAACACCAUCAAAUUCAUUUGCAUCCAUGAGCAUCCAGUCAGUCAAAGAUUCAUUGUCAAAACAGGAAAACUCGUUGCCUGUUUCAGAUCCAAAUGUUUUUAUGCCAGCGCAGCCACUUACUGCUCCGACAACUCACUCGUACCAGUCGGUUUUGUUGCCCCAACCUUCAAUGCAGAACCAGACUUCAAGCACUCAAGCUCAGUUUCACAUGCUUCCCAACCCGUCCUCUCAGCAAUAUUUACAUCCAACAGGAGGUAUUAUGACCCCAUAUGGUUAUGGUAACAUUUCUCCCUUGCCUCCAGGACCACCUCCACCCCCACCCCCACCCCCACCCUAUAUGGUCAGUCCAAUGGCGUCCAUGGCUCAACAACCAUCGCAAAUACCUCAGCAGCAACCGCUACCAUUGGCACAACAACAGGCCCCAAUAAAUCAGCAACAACCAAUGUCUUCAACCCAACAACCCCUGGGCCCUAAUUUCAGGCCUCUUCAGCCACCUGGAAUGGUGUACUAUGGUCACCCAUCUCAUUCCUAG